UGAAGGCUUGAGCGUCGCUUGACAAGCUUCGACUUGAGGGAGUCUUUCGUGAGCUCAUUUCCACGAAUAUUCAGAACAUCCGUCCCUCCAUUUUCUGUACCGCUUCUCCUGCGUGCCGCAGCCUAUCCCGGCUAUCUUCGGGCUACACCCUGAACCGGUCGCCAGCGAAUCGCAGGGCAUAUAUGAACAAUCCCUUAAAAAAAGACACAUACGUCUCAAUAAGAUCCGAACGUAAAAAUGACUCAAGAAAACAUCUUCCUCUUCGUUCCUAAUCUGAUAGGUUACGCCCGCAUUGUGCUGGCGCUGGUGUCCUUUUUCCUGAUGCCGUGCUGCCCGAUUCCCGCCUGUUUCUGCUACAUGCUCAGUGCCCUGUUGGAUGCCUUUGACGGUCAUGCCGCGCGGGCGCUCAACCAGUCGACGCAGUUCGGCGCCAUGCUGGACAUGCUAACGGACCGCUGCGCCACCAUGUGCCUGCUGGUCAACCUGGCGCUGCUCUACCCGUCGUACGCCUUCGUCUUCCAGCUCAGCAUGUGUCUGGACAUCGCCAGCCACUGGCUGCACCUGCACAGCUCCACGGUUAUAGGUUCCGGCAGUCACAAGAACAUUGACCUCUCGGGAAACCCGCUCCUGCGCCUCUACUACACCAACAAGGUGGUUCUGUUCUUGAUGUGUCUGGGCAACGAGCUCUUCUUCUGCCUGCUCUACAUCCUGCAUCACAUGCAACAGCCAAGCGGGCUCAUAUACUGUGCCCUGGUGGUGAGCGGCGUGGUGUGCGUUCUGAAGUCGUCCAUCAGUCUCGUCCACUUGGUGACGGCCUCUCAGAACAUGGCCGCCAUAGACGCCGCCCAGCGUGCCAACGCCGCCAGGAAGUCGCAGUGAGAGCACCGCGUCGUCUCUUGAUUUUCUUCCACGACCUUAUUUGACCACAUUCGUGUAACUGUCAUCCGAUUGUUUCCACACAAUCGACAUUUAUUGUCAGCAUUUUGUUACCAGCUUUUAUGUUCCCGUGGGGACCUGGAGGCAGCUCACGUUUAUACAGAACCUCACGCAUGACACAAGAAAAAAAAAAAUAUAUACUGCGGACAAAAAUACUCAUUUGUGGGUUCAGUUGCAUUCCCUUGAACAGCUUGGACGUCUGGGUAAGCAAAUGGAGCGCACCUUGCCUACAUGCUGCACUACAAGCUGUCCUAAGAAGGCGCAUGCUCCAUUUUCUUACCCAACUCUCCAGGAAUGAAUUUACUAUUCAUUUUUGUUUUGUGCACAUAUUAUAUCUACUUCAUUGCAUUUGCACCUUUUACAGUGGUGCCUUGAGAUACCAAUGACCGGACUAACAUCGUUUGGCCGAUUUCUUUGCUUUGACUUGUGAGUGCUAAUUGGUGGCUGUAAACUCAACUAACAUCACACCAAUAAGAAGUUAGGCAGGUAGUGUUGAUGGCCGUUCCCAGCUGAAGUUUACUGACAUGCUAAGCAUAAAACAAAGACAAUAACAUGGUGUGUAUUUGAAACAACCACAUAGCUUUGCUUUAAGCACAUUUAGCUUAAUGCUAACACAUACUGGGAAACGCCAUAGAUAGGCUAACAAAACUAGCUAGCGUUAUAACCCUUUAAGCAACAGAUAUUUGAACUAGCGGUGCAACGAUUCAUGGAUUAAUCGACAGCUAAUCGAUUAUCCAAUUAAUCAACUAUUUCCAUAACCGAUUUAUCGUUUGGAGCCAGUUUCAGUUUAAAAAUGUCCAAAUCAUCUCAACGGUAAAUAUUUUCCGAUUUCUGUAGUCCUCCAUGAAAGCAGACUGAUCUUUGUUUUUUUUCAAAAUACGACAUCUGUAAACAUCUGCUUUUAUUUUGGAAAACAAUGGUCAACAUUUUUGACGAUUAUCUGACAGAUGUUACGGACCAAACCAAUAACUGAAUAAUUGGCUACGUUCACACUGCAGGGCAUGAUGCCCAAUUCAGAUUUUUUUUGUUCAAUCGAUUUUUUUUUUUUAUGUAGUCGUUCACAUUACAAAAACAAAUGCAAGUUGUACUGUGGACAGAAUAUGUCCGUGACAUCCCAUGCAUGUGCGCAACCGCGCGGCGGCUUGUAAAUGCGGCCCCUCACGGAGGUCUCGUCAUGACGCAUUUGUGGCAAUUUCAAGGAUUUUGUGCAACCGGAGCCAGCAUUUUCUUAUAUUUAUCAGUUGUAAAGCAUAUUUUCGCCACUGACUGCUUUCUGCUUCUUUGUCUGCCGUUUUGUCAAACAAUUGUGACGUUUGGCACCUUUUGAUGACCUUAACCUGAAACCCAAAUGUCUGCAGUAUACGACAAAAACAGAGAAAUUGACCUUGCCGUUCCAAUACUUUUGGAGGGGACUGUACAUUGAAUUGAAGCGGUAGUGAAGUGUUUUGAGUUACGAGCUUGGUCAGGGAAUUAAUAAAACUCAAAUCUCAAGGCACCACUGUCUUUACUGUAGCAACAGUGUCUUUAUUUUAUUAAUUUUUCCCGUGUUGUCUGGGGCUGCAUAUGUUUUGGGUGUUUUCACCGUGCUCAUUUUUUGAGCAUCCAACUCAACACCUAACUCAAAGCGAACACAAGCGCUCUGUGAUCUCUUUCUCGUGUCUGAGCAGGUGAAAAAAAAAACUUUUUGUUGCUCAAAAGGAUGAUUAUGUAUAAAAAUGAUGUGUUGUGGAGAUUUACUUUUCUGCAUUUUUAUUUAUUUACACUCAUGCUGCUGUUUUUUGCCCCCCCCCCCCCCAAAAAAAAAAAAGGUUCGGUAUCAUGCUUUAAUCAGAAUCAUCUUUAUUUUGCCAAAUAUGUCCAAAAAAAACCACACAAGGAAUUUUUCUCCGGUAGUUGGAGCCAAUUGACAGAGAACACUUUGGAGACAUAAAGACAAAAAAAAUAAAAAAUAAAUCACAGUCACUGAGCAACAAAAGGUUACUAGCAAUGUGGUAAUCCCGCUACAAUCCCCCCCUUGACAAUUGUGCAAAAAAGAAUGUUAAUUUGUGACCACAAAAUACUAAAUUGUGGCCACAUUUAUUUUAUGGGACAAUUGUGCAAAAAUAGUCCUCUAGCACUUAGAGCAGUUUGAAUGACAAAUCCAACAAUAUUGACCAUUGUGCAAAGGGCGCCGAGACUUCAAGGAGUGUAUGCGGUUUAAAGCCACGAGUAGCGCCAUCAUCUGGGACUAUGUCGAUUGUGCAAAUGUUGCAGAUACUCCUCAAUCAGUGUGCAAGUGGUGCAGAUGCUACUCUGGCAUGAGUGGCCAGUAUUGGUCAACAACAGAUAUGCAAAUAGUGCAGCGUGGCGAGACUACUACACUGAGUGCACAAGUAGUAUAUAAUUGGCCCGACAGAAAUGUGACGACAAACUCAAGACAAAGAAUUGGCAGCAACGGAAUUGUAGGUUAGCUGUUUAAGAAGUUGAUGGCAAGAGGGAAGAAGCUGAUGGAAUGUCUGCUAGUUCUAGUUUGCAUUGUUCGAUAGCGCCUACCUGAGGGAAGGAGCCGAAACAGCCGGUGACCUGGAGGCGGAGGGUCCGAGAGGAUUUUGCACGCUCUUGUCUUAGUUCUGGCAGCGUGCAAGUCCUCAAGGACGGGUAGGGGGGUACCGACAAUCCUUUCGGCAGUUUCGAUUGUCCGUCGCAGUCGGAGUUUGUCGCCAAACCGGACUGUGAUGGAAGAACACAGGACCGAUUCGAUGACCGCUGUGUAGAACUGCCUCAGCUGCUCCCGUCGGCAGGCCGUGCUUCCUCAGACGCCGCAGGAAGUGCAUCCUCUGCUGGACCUUUUUGAGGACGGAAUUGAUGUGGAUCGUCCACUUCAGGUCCCGAGAGACUGUAAUUCCCAGGAACUUGAAGGUCUCGACGGUUGACACGAGGCAGCUGGACAGCGUGAGGGGCAGCUGUGGCGAAGGAUGCCUCCUGAAGUCCACGAUCAUCUCCGCAGUCUUGAGCGUGUUCAGCUCCAGGUCGCGUCGGCCGCAUCGCAGCUCCGGCCGCUCCGCUUCCUGUCGAUACGCAGACUCGCUAUCCUCUUUGAUGAGGCCGAUGACUGUGGUGUCAUCUGCAAACUUCAGGAGUUUGACAGCCGGGUGCGUUGAGAUGUUCUCGUUGAGGUGUUCUCAUUAAAGUCUGUUAAGUUUGACCUUCGCAUUCGGCAAAACAAAGCAAUUUGUUCUGGUUCAAGUCACUGGCGUGUCUUCUUUUUGCGUCUUAUAAAUCAGUUACUAGCUACAUAACUACGUUGCUCUUCUAUAAUACUGUUAAAAAAAAAAUAAUAUAUAUAUAUCUAUAUUUUAUUUAUUUUUCAAAGGAAGAUGCAUACCUUCCUAGGGCUCCCAAUAGUGACCUGAACCGAAAGAAAUCACUUUGUUUUGUUUAGCGAAAUGUGGAAACGUUAUUGCGUCAUACUGAACUUUUAUUUUCUGCAAUACGCUUCCAUAGUUGCGUUUCAGUGCUGAAUGUAUUACUAGGCAACACACGUGUUUAUUGCUUGAAAUGUUUUUAAAAGCGCUCAACUUGUAUUUCUGCUCUCUUUUUUUGCUGGGUGGUUUCAAUAUACUGCAAAAAAUAAAAACAAAGAAGCGUUCAAAUUUA